UCUAAAGCUUUGAAUCAUAUAAAAAUGGUGGAUCAUCAGAGGCAUAUGCAGCCAAGAAAAGGUGUUAAAGAGAUGUUGAUGCAUGUAGAUGAAGAACAUGGCUGUGUUAAUAUCAAGAGAUCAAGACCCAAACUUCUCUUCUUUCUCACUUUUUGCUCUCUUCUCUCUUGUUUCUUGCUUCUUCUUCCUCCUCUCCUCUCCUACCCUUCCCCCUCUUUCUCUCUCCUCUAUUCAUAUGAAGGUGAAGAUGAAGCCCUUUUGGAAAUAAAAGCUCCACUUUGUUCGUCCGUCUCAAAUGGAACAAUUUGUUGUGACAGAAGCAGUAUUCGAUCGGAUAUAUGCAUAAUGAAAGGAGACAUAAGAACAAACUCAUCUUCUUUCUCCGUCGUCCUCUACACCUCCGACGAUCUUCUCACCGGAGAAGAAGAACUCCGCCACGAAAAAAUCAAACCCUACACUCGAAAAUGGGAGCCAUCCACCAUGGCCACCAUCGACGAACUAACUCUCACAUCCAAGAAAUCCAAUACCUCAACAACGCAUAAAUGCGACGUGUAUCAUGAUGUUCCCGCCGUGUUCUUCUCCACCGGAGGUUUCACCGGAAACGUCUACCAUGAAUUCAACGACGGAUUAAUACCUCUUUACAUCACAUCUCAGCAAUUCAACAAGAAAGUUGUGUUGGUGAUUCUUGAAUAUCACGAUUGGUGGAUUAUGAAGUACGCUGAUGUUCUUUCUCAGAUCUCUGACUACGAACCAAUCGAUUUCAAUGGAGAUAACCGAACUCACUGUUUCUCUGAAGCCAUAGUCGGAUUAAAAAUCCACGAUGAACUCGCCAUCAAUUCUUCAUUGACAACAACCAACAAAACAAUCCAAGAUUUUCAUGAUAUGUUAGACAAAUCAUAUCAGCCACGAAUUCAUGAUUUGGUUCAAGAAGAACCGGAAAAAACCCGCGAAAACCCCGAUAAUAACCCGAAGCUGGUUAUCAUAUCAAGAAACGGGUCUCGGGCCAUUAUGAACCAAGAUUUGUUGGUAAAAAUGGCGGAAAAAAUCGGGUUUGAUGUGGAAGUUCUCCGACCCGAUAAAACGACUGAAUUGGCGAAGAUUUACCGGGCUUUGAACUCGAGCGAUGUCAUGAUUGGUGUCCAUGGUGCUGCGAUGACUCACUUUCUGUUCAUGAAACCCGGGUCUGUGUUUAUUCAAGUUGUACCUCUUGGUACAACUUGGGCUGCAGAGACGUAUUAUGGGGGACCCGCGAAGAAGCUUGGUUUACGGUAUAUUGGGUAUGAGAUUGGGGCACGAGAGAGCUCGUUGUAUGAUGAAUAUGAUAGAAAUGAUGUGGUUUUGACUGACCCUGAUAGCGUAAAUGAUCGAGGAUGGGAAUUUACAAAAAAGAUUUACCUUGAUAGGCAAAAAGUUAGGUUAAAUCUUAUGAGGUUUAGAAAGCAUCUGGUUCGAUCGCAUUUCUUUAUCAUGGCAAAAAGAAAUCAUGCCCAAGUUUAA